GAGGUUUACACAAAACAUUCAUAACAUUUAUUAUUUCCCACAAAAUCCAAAAAUCCAAUCGUCCAUCCUAAGCUUCGAUGAUUCCGUCUCCAUGGAAUAAAACCACAGCAAAACCCUCCACCCCACCUUUCCGAGUUUUUUCCCAAAACAAAUUUACUUCUUUCUUUUUAUCUCCAAAAUUUUUCUCUCGAAGAUGGCCACGAGGAGGCCCACCACCACCACUACUAGACGCCCACAAGUCCGCGACGACGGCGAAGACGACGACGACCUUCACUCCUUGGUCUCCGAGCAACGCAACGAGCUAAUGGCGGCUGAAACCCUCGAGUCCGACCUCGAUCUCGCCUUCAAACUCCAGCUCCAAGAAGCUGUCGCUGCCUCACUCGCCCACCAACCCUCCUCUUCGGCCCCUCUGGAACCUCAAAACGACACCGUUUGCCACUCUGUUGGAUUCGCCACCGUCCAGUCUGAAGAGCUCGUCAGGCUUCAGCAGGAGUUGAAGGACCGGCAACAGAGCGAGAUCGAGAUGCGGAAGAUGAGGGAGGAUCUCUGCCGUCGGAUUCACGACCAGAACUUCGCUAGGGAGAUACUCAGGAUUCCCGAGGAGGAUUGGAGAGAUUGGGGUGAUAACUUUGAGAAGCCCUUUUGUGGUGAAGGCUCAUCGUCUUCAUCUGGUGGCUCCACCGCUAUUGGAAAUGAAUGCGAGUACAGGCUUUAUUUCAAGGGCUUGAUCAGCGACGAAAAGGUUGGGGAUCAGAGGAUCAAACUGGCUGGGAUUGGAGUUGCGAUUUGCGAUUCCAGGGAUAAUUUGAUAUUCGAGGUCAGGAAACCUCUGAUCGUCAAUGGGAUGAACAAGAUUGGUGCGGAGGCUAAGGCUCUGAUCGAAGGGCUUAAUGCUGCUCUCGUUUUGGAGUUGAAGCGGCUCGUUUUUUACUGUGAUUACUAUCCCAUUUUCCAAUUUGUUAACCAAAGAUGGCCUGCAAAGCAGCGCAAGAUUGCAGUGCUCAUCAAUCAGGUGAAGAAUCUUCAAAGACAAUUUACAUCUUGCAAUUCAAGGCUUGUGCCACGAAAUGAUAUAAAGUUUGCAUUUAAACUUGCAAGAGAUGCAAUAGUGUCUCAGACCAACAAGACUGCAGAAUCUAGCCGUUGCAAGAGUCUGAAUGAGACUUGUGUGAUUUGUUUUGAAGAUACUGAGGCUAGUCAAAUUUUUUCAGUUGAUGGCUGCUUGCAUCGAUACUGCUUUUCUUGUAUGAAACAACAUGUGGAGGUCAAGUUGCUUCAUGGGAUAUUGCCUAAAUGCCCUCAUGAAGAUUGUAAGUCUGACCUUGAUGUUGGCAGUUGUGGCAAAUUUUUGACACCUAAAAUUAUGGAGACCAUGCGCCAACGCAUAAAGGAAGCUUCAACUCCUGUCACAGAGAAAGUUUAUUGUGCGUAUCCAAGGUGUUCAGUUUUAAUGUCAAAAACUGAACUUUUGGAGUAUUCAACGAAGCAUUUAGUUGAUGUUGAGCGAUCAGGAGCUCGGAGAUGCAUGAAAUGUAAUAACCUCUUCUGCAUCAAUUGCAAGGUUCCUUGGCACCGUAACAUGACUUGUGUUGACUACAAAAGGUUAAAUCCUUAUCCCCCUGCAGAAGAAUCAAAGCUGAAAUUUCUUGCAUCAAAGAAUCUGUGGCGCCAGUGUAAGAAGUGCAAUCAUAUGAUUGAACUUGCUGAAGGUUGCUUCCAUAUGACGUGCAGAUGUGGGCAUGAGUUUUGUUAUAACUGUGGAGCCGAGUGGAAAGAGAAGAAAGCAACAUGUGAUUGCCCACUCUGGAUUGAGGAUAAUAUAUUGUACGAUGAGGAUGAUGAAGAAGAUGAAGACGACGAAGAAGAAGAAGAAGAAGACGAAGACGACUACUAUGACUCUGAUUCCGAUUAUUUUGCCAUGUAAAUGACCUUCACUUCUAAAUUUCUUCCUUUUAAUCUUGUUAUGACUGGACAAUAAUCCAUGGCAUAUGCUCGUAUAUAUUGCAAAUUUUGUUAGGUUUA